CGUAGACAUGCUUUCUCUGCCGCUGAUUAAUGGGCGAGUUUGACGUACUGAUCAUUGCUGGACUCGUAGCCGUUGGAAUCUUCUUACUCAGCGUUGGUAUGGCGUUUCUGCAGGUGAAAGUGGAAUUUGCGAUCCUUUCUAACGCAUUUGUGCUAGGACUUUGGCUGUUGAUUCGCUGGUGGAAACGAGGGAAUGCUCAGUCGGAGGAGAUGAACCAGCCGAUGCGUCGAAUUUCCCAUAAGCGCACUGCCUCGCUUAGGGCGGAGAACAGGAGACAAGGCUCUAGACAGCUGUCCCGCAUAUCCGGGCACGAGAGUCAGGAUCCUCGUCUGGGAGACAGAACCACACCAUCACGCCUGCCUCGUACCGCCUCACCUCUGUACGGCCCUCCCGAUUAUCAGGCGCAUAUCCCAUAAUCCUUAA